AUGGCCAAAACCUACAAACGAAAACGAGAGCAGAGACGACCGGAAGAACGGGACGAACGGGAGCAAACCCGACUGGAGAAGCGAGAGGAGGGACGAGGACGUCGCAUCAGAACGCACAGGAACGACGUGAGUCCGUCUCGCUCAGCUAUCUUUCCUGAUCAUGAACCCGUCGGGUCCGAAGAAGAUUUCAACGAGCAAACCUACGUUGGUAGUAGUACUAGUGGCGCGUCUGAUGGCGGUAAUCAAACCGCCCUCAGCAAUAACGUCCUGGAUCAAAUACCGCUGCAGCAUGUCCCUCGUCUUCAUUGCAUGGCCAAGUCUUCAUCGCUGUUCUUUGCUCUUUCCACGGCGCGCCAGCAGUAA